CUGGGGUGUGUGCUUUCAUUGCAGAACCUGGAUUAACAAGCGGCGUCCAUAUGUGUCUUCUUCACUGAACAUCUUUCCAGCGCUCAUCCAACACCAAAUAACAUACCAACAAUGGUGGCCCACAAAGAAUUCCAAAAUGCCGGGAAGCAACCUGGACUGCAGAUCUGGAGAAUCGAGAACAUGGACUUGAAACCUGUUCCCAAGAAUCUCUAUGGAAACUUCUUUACUGGAGAUGCUUAUCUGUUGCUGCAUACCACCCAAGCUCCUUCUUACAAACUCCACAUGUGGUUUGGAGAUGAAUGCUCUCAGGAUGAAAGUGGUGCUGCUGCCAUUUUUGCUACUCAGCUGGACGAUUACCUGGGAGGGAAGCCUGUGCAGUGUCGUGAGGUUCAGAACUACGAAUCUCUCAGCUUUGUUGGCUAUUUCAGAUCUGGCAUCAAGUAUCAGAAAGGUGGCGUUGCCUCAGGAUUCCAGCAUGUGGUCACCAAUGAGAUGAAUGCGAAGCGUCUGCUGCAUAUUAAAGGGAGGAUAACCAUCAGAGCCACAGAGGUUGACAUGAGCUGGAAGAGCUUCAACAAAGGAGACUGCUUCAUUAUUGAUCUUGGAAAAAACAUCUACCAGUGGUGUGGAAGUGAGUGCAACAGGUAUGAACGUCUGAAGGCUUCUGAAGUUGCCAUAGGUAUCCGUGACAACGAACGGAAUGGGCGUGGCAAGAUUUUAAUGCUGGAGGAAGGUGAUGAACCAGAAGAAAUCAUUAGAGUGCUGGGUCCAAAACCUGCAAUUCCACCAGCAACUCCCGAUUCUGAAGUGGUUGAGAAAGCCAACAGAAACAAAGCCAGCCUUUGGAUGAUCUCUGAUGCUACCGGAUCCAUGAAGACAUCUCAGGUAGCAGCUUCAAGCCCCUUCAAACAGGAAAUGCUCUCGACCGACGAGUGCUACAUUCUGGACAAUGGCGUAGACGCCAAGAUAUUUCUGUGGAAAGGAAAAGGUGCAAACCCCAAUGAACGCAAGUCGGCUAUGAAGACUGCUGAAGCAUUCGUAAAAGAAAAGAAUUACCCAAAGACAACUCAGAUCCAGAUCCUCCCGCAAGGUGGGGAGACUACACUCUUCAAGCAAUUCUUUUCAAACUGGAAGGACAAGGACCAGACCGAAGGCCCCAGCGAGGCCUAUGUUGUCGGCAAGAUUGCCAAAAUUAAACAAGUCCCAUUCGAUGCCUCAACUCUGCACUCUGACAAAGCAAUGGCAGCCCAGCAUGGCAUGGUAGAUGAUGGUACCGGCAAGGUGGAGAUAUGGCGCGUUGAAGGAGGUGACAAGGUUCACGUUGAGCCUUCAACAUAUGGCCAGUUCUUUGGGGGAGACUGUUACCUCAUCCUGUACAGCUACAAGACUGGAGGAAGGGAAAAGCACCUCAUUUACACCUGGCAGGGGCUGAAAUGCACCAAAGAUGAGCUGGCAGCGUCUGCCUUCCUUACAGUUAAACUGGAUGAUUCCAUGGGAGGUUCUCCAGUUCAAGUGCGUGUGACUCAGGGCCAGGAGCCCCCUCACCUCAUGAGUCUAUUUAAGGGGAAGCCGCUGGUUAUUCACAGUGGGGGCACCUCCAGGAAAGGGGGCCAGUCUUCCGCCGCGCCCAUCCGUCUCUUCCAUGUCAGACAGAGCUCAACCAGGGCAACCAGAGCCGUGGAAGUGGCUGCUUGUGCAUCCUCUCUGAACACGAAUGAUGUGUUUGUGCUGAAAGCUCCAGACGCUGUGUAUGUGUGGAAGGGAGUUGGAGCCAACGAUGAAGAAAUGGUGGCGGCCAAACAUGUGCUCAGCCUGUUGGGAGGAAAAUCUGUAGAAAUUGCAGAAGGAAAAGAACCAGCUGCAUUCUGGGCUGCUCUUGGUGGCAAAAAAGAAUACCAGACCUCCAAGAGUCUCCAGAACAGUAUCAAGCCUCCCCGUCUUUUCGGCUGCUCAAACAAAACUGGACGCCUGAUUGCUGAAGAGGUUCCGGGUGAUUUCACCCAGGCCGAUCUGGCCACAGAUGAUGUAAUGCUGCUUGAUACCUGGGACCAGCUCUUCUUGUGGAUCGGCAAUGAUGCUAACGACAUCGAAAAACAGGGAGCUCCUAAUAUAGCUAAAGAAUACAUGGAUUCUGACCCCUCUGGAAGAAAAGGAAUUUCUAUUACAACCAUCAAGCAGGGGAACGAACCCCCAACUUUCACAGGCUGGUUCAUGGCAUGGGACCCCAACAUGUGGAGCGUCGACCCGCUGCAGAAAAUGAAGGCUGGCUUUUAAACUUCCCUUGUUUCUGCAGCCAAUGUAAUGUGAGGCAGCCUACAGCUUCAGAGCAGGUUCCUUGCUAUAUAAUAAUCAGCACUAAAGUAAUGUUUAAAUAAAUGGUGAAAUUAAUAUGAAUGCUACUGUCUAAAUAUAAUAAUAGCCUUUUCCCUUUUUAUGGGGAUUGCAAAGAGCAAGUGCAGCUGUUGCUAAAAAAGUGUUUUAAUCAUUUUAUUAUCAGUACUUUUAAAUGAGAAACCUGGAUCUAUUGGUCAGAGCUAUUGUGUGUUUGUAGGAUCAGGAAACAUAUGCCAAAUUUUGAAAUGAAUAUAUUAAAGCCAAAGAACAUUGCCAAAUGAUGCGUUUACAACUCUUAAAAAAUGCACCUUGCCUUAAUCAUUCCAAUGAUAUCAGCUAUUUUAAUAAUGGUACUACUUUAAAAAAAAAAAAAAAAAAAAAAAAAGCUAUGCUUUAGAAAAGCUUGGGGAGUUUUGAUAAAUGUAAAGGUUGUAGCUGGUUUUAAUAAAGACGCAAAGAUUAUUUUA